GCCUCGCAGUUGGCUGUGGUAACAUUUCAGUCAGAGGGAACACUCAGAAGGAGGCAGUUUGUCUGCUGGAAGAUAUACAUGAUGGCUGUAACUGGGGAUGAGACAGAAACAGGCACCUCAGGUGACUUGACUGCCUGCCAGUUGCAGAACACCGGCUCCAGCCUCCCACAGGGGGGAGCCGAGACCAGCACUCAAGGGUUCGUGAAAUCUGCGGACCCCUCACAAAAGAAAGAGCACCGCUUGAUGAAGAACAGGGAAGCCGCCCGGGAGUGUCGGCGAAAGAAGAAGGAAUAUGUAAAAUGCCUUGAAAAUCGCGUGGCCGUGCUUGAAAAUCAAAACAAGACUCUGAUCGAGGAACUUAGUUCCUUAAAAGAUAUUUACCGACACAAAGUCGAGUGAUAUUUCUGAUCAAUCAAUCAAUCAAUCAAUGUUUAUUUAUAUAGCCCAAUAUCACAAAUGUUACAUUUGUCUCAGUGGACUUUACAGUUUGUACAAAAUAUCAAUAUGACAAUACGACACCUGAUCGUGUUUGUCUGCUUCUUUGUGGUGUCUUGAGGACUGUGGUUUUGCUUAUACAGACACAGAUGCACACUCAAACAAAACGCUCCUUGUCCUUGCUGUAAAAUGUGUUUACACGAUGAUGUCAAUGUUAUCAGGCUCUGAAUUAUUCAAUGUGCCACCACCAGCAAAAACAAGAACAUUCAGGGUUUUCAGUGAGUAUUAUGAAGAGCCUAUGUCCCUUUGAACAGGGAUGCUGCCAAAAGAUACAGGGGAAGAAAGAAGGACUAUAUUGACAUACUGCUGGAGCGCAUUGACUCUCUAGAGAAGAAGAAUGAGAAGCAGAGUGCCGAGCUGCAGCGCCUGAAGAACGACACUGCAAUUAACAUUCCUCUAUGAUGACUUUUUUUUUACCAAUUUGCUCUAUUAAAAUACUAGUAAUCGCUAGUCUUUGUGAUGGUCUGUUUUUCUAUUGCUGUUUGUUCAGGAAAUGCUGCCAUCAAAUCUAAUGUUCAAAGAGCACAAUUUGUGUCUAAUUCUACUUUAGAAAUCCAGAUGCAAGCAGGAUUUUACAUCCACUAUACCCAUCUUCUUUGUUAGAAACCUCCCAGGAUCUGUUGUGCAUCUCUAUGCUUCUGCUUACAUGUGGCGUUAAUAUUUAUGUGUGCAGAUGUACCCUGUAGUUGUCAUAGUUUCAAAUACCGGUGCAUUGUUGUACCAAAAAACGGAAUAUUUGGUUUAGAAAUACAUCAAUCUGGAAUUGUGUAAAUUAGCUGUUUAAAUUGAAAUGUUUUUGUUGCUUAAUCUAAGUAUACAUGGCUGAAUGUUAAGCUUAUUUAUGUAACCAUCUUUUAAAUGUUUUGAUCACAAAGGUCUUACAGACAUGUUUAAUGUAUUUGCUUUAAUAAAGUUCUUGCUCUGUA